AUGAUUAAAGAAUGGCUGAAAACCAAGCCAAAAGGGCUAGACAUCGAUGACACCCAUGUCAAUACCCUGCUGUUUGCUGAUGAUCAGGUGGUCUUUGCUGACAAUGAAGGUGACUUGCAGAGAGAGUUGUACAAUCUUCAGAAAGUAGCAGAUAAAUACGGAAUGAGAAUCUCGUCGUCAAAAACAAAGGUGAUGGACGUUGAGGGGAAAGAGCCAAUACGCAGUAAAAUUGUUGUAAAUGGAUUGCCAGUGGAACAAGUCAGAAGCUUGAAAUAUCUCGGAGUAAGCGGGGCAAUAAACCGAGCCAUCCCUCCAAGAAAAGUCAGAGCCGAAACUCAAAUAAGAACCUACAAUAUGCUGGCAAGACAAAUGCUGCUGUAUGGAAGCAAAACAUGGACAACGAGAAAGGAUAUAAAAAGUAGAGUAACUGCAGUGGAAAUGAGAUUCAUGCGAGCUACAACAGGAUGUAUGAGACGCGAUAGGAAAAGGAAUGAAGACAUCCUGAACGAAUUAGGAGCAGAACCAAUCCUCAGAUGGGUGAAAGAUUACAGAAAGAAAUGA